CACUAAGUUUUGAAGUCAGGGGCAAGAAUGCUCCAGAGGCAACAGUAGCUAUGAUGACGUCGCCAUCAUCGGUGUCUAUGGAGGAGUUUCAGGAGGCCCAACAGAUGCAGGAGGAGGAGCAUUUUGUGAAAGAUACAGAGGAGAGAUUGAAGGAGGAUGAGGAGAGAGAGGAGGCGGAGAGGGGCUCAGUGCCAGCCGACCCCCAGUCGCCUAUGGAGGCCCAAAAAACUGCCAUCUACAGACAUCCCCUGUUUCCCCUGCUGGCGCUGCUGUUUGAGAAAUGUGAGCAGUCCACUCAGCGCUCGGAGUGUGUGACGUCAGCCAGUUUCGACAUGGACAUUCAGAACUUUGUGCAGAGUCAGGAGAAAGAGACCAAGGCCUUCUUCAGUGAUGACCCUGAGCUUGACAGUCUGAUGGUGAAGGCGAUCCAGGUCCUGCGCAUUCACCUGCUGGAGCUGGAGAAAGUGAGCGACCUGUGUAAGGACUUCUGUAGCCGCUAUAUUGCCUGCCUCAAAACCAAGAUGAACAGUGAAACUCUACUGAGCAGUGCUGACUCAGGCAGUCCUUACUCACCCACACAGGCUCAGAUUCCUAGCUCUUUCUCUGGGGCAAUGAGUCCUCAGGGAAUUGUAGUACCAGCAACCGCCUUGCAACAGGGCAACGUUACUGUGACAGCAGUCAACCCUUCACAUGUAGUGUCAGGUGGGACAGUCUAUCAGCCUGUUACCGUUGUGACCCCACAAGGCCAAGUGGUCACCCAGGCCCUCUCACCUGGCACAAUACGCAUCCAAAAUUCACAGCUCCAGUUUCAGCUCAACCAGGAUCUCAGCUUUCUGAGUCAGGAUGAAAGCUCAUCUAAGACCAAGCGUGGUAUUCUUCCCAAACAUGCCACGAGUGUCAUGCGUUCCUGGCUCUUCCAGCAUAUUGGGCAUCCAUAUCCCACAGAAGAAGAGAAAAAGCAGAUUGCUAUACAGACAAAUCUCACCCUGCUACAAGUCAACAACUGGUUUAUUAAUGCACGAAGACGGAUCUUGCAGCCCAUGCUGGAUGCCAGCUCAUCAGAGGUGCCCAAGAACAAGAAGAAAACACCGCAGACUCGUCCACUUCAGCGCUUCUGGCCCGACUCCCUUGCAACCUCAGUCUCCCAGCAACAGGUUGCCAUGGAGGAUGGUACCAUGGUAUCAGUUGGCAUGGUAGCCGGAGAGGAUGGACUGCAGACACUGUCAUCAGAUGGAGCGACACUGGCCAUGCAGCAGGUAAUGAUGGGAGGCCACAGUGAGGAGGACGAAGACGAGGACGAUGAAGAUGAGGACACUCUAUCCCACUCUGACAUGAUCAGGCUAGGCCUGGACACCAGCGAAUGAGAAAUUACACACACACACACACACACACACUGACAAGGAUGUAGAGUGAUGCAUUAAAUAAUGUGGUGAGAGAGACAGAA